AUGGCAGAUCGGGAUCAUUCAAUGUCUGGUACCGGCACCAGACAUCUCGAUGCUUUCGGAGACCGAGAAGUGGUUUAUUGCCACCAGUGUGAUAAUGAGUGGCAUCGGGACGAACAUGGCUUAACAUGUCCGCGAUGUCAUGGCGAGAUUACGGAGAUUGUAAGCGCAGAUAGCGAUCCUCGUCCAUUUCACGAUGAGCCUCCUCCGCGAGCUCCUGCCGAUUUUCGGUCCCUGCAUGAUCAUGACCCAUGGGCGGAUGCAGAUAUAUCUGACCCCGAAGAGGCGGAUAUCGAAGAGCACAUUACACACGGUCCUGGAGGCUCUAUGAUGUUCUCAAGAACAAUCAGAUCGUCACCAAACAUACGUAGUCCACGAAGAAGAGAUCCGAUAUCCCAAGAUGAUCCAGAUCAUGUCUUGAGAGAUUUCCAAAAUAUGGUCGGUAAUAUGGUUGGUCCGGGAUUUCGAGCUGGCCAACCUGGACGAUCUGGACCCGAUACUUUAUUCGAACAAGGGGGACCAUUUGCAAGGAAUGCGUUUCUGUUUGGUGGUAAUGGUGGCAAUGGACCUAGACUUAUGGGUGGGCGACUCACAUUUACAACUGGGGGUAAUCUCCGGCCAAGGGACCCAAAUGGACCUCAGCUGGCUGGACCUCAAGUUGAUGAUCUAGCUACGUACGCCUCCCCCCUCAGAACUUCCCCUAAUGGCCGUUCCUUGUAUCUUGUUAGUAUCAGAGCUCCUCCUGACCAUCUUGCCAGAAUCAUUGGAGGUCUUUUUGCACCUAUGGGUGGACCUGGCGGUCCCAACGAAAGAGGGCCUGCUGGUAUGCCGCCUGGGCUAGCAAAUUUAUUCCAAGCUAUGCUGAACCCGGCCAAUGCACGAUCGGGUGAUGCUGUCUAUACUCAAGAAGCUCUGGAUUCCAUCAUCUCCCAAUUGAUGGAGCAGCAUCCGACAUCGAACGCCCCUGGCCCAGCAUCACCAGAUGCCAUUGCAUCACUUCCCAAAAAGAAGAUCGAUGAGAAGAUGCUAGGCCCGGAAGGCAAAGCAGAGUGCAGUGUUUGCAUGGACGAUGUCCACAUUGGUGAUGACGUAGUGGCUUUACCUUGUUCUCAUUGGUUUCAUGAAGUUUGUGCCAGCGCAUGGUUGAGUGAGCACAACACUUGCCCAAUUUGCAGGAAAGGUAUCGAUGCCGAAACUACACCGCCAUCGAACAGCCGGCGAGCGAGCCAAACUGGCAGCCCUUCAGGUCGAAGUCCACGGCCUUCUAGAUUUGGACUUGGUAGCGAGUAUUCGACCACCACCAGGAAUGAGACUAGGUUAGACUCCAUCCGCAAUGCUCGGUAUUCGCCCACUGAAGAAGCCACAAGUCCAAGGAGAUGGCAGGUUGUGGGAGACGGUUCACCACAUGCCACCAAUUCUCCUCCAAACGAAGAUUUUGCAGCACCUAUGCCUGGAUCGUUCUACCGCAGACCGUCAGACAUGAGUGAUAACCAGAGAGACAGUAGGAGAGGCAACACCAGCGGCAGUGACCGAUCAUCUCGGGAUUCACGAAGGAGCUCUCACUCAGGAGGCAGUGGCGGACCUGUUUCGUGGCUUCGCGAUCGUUUUGGUUCAAACAGACGGAGCGACUAG